AUGGCUACAGCGAGCAAGGAUACAAAGGCCAAGCCUAGCGUCCUGCGCUCCAUCAUUGCGGGCUCCACGGCUGGAGCCGUGGAAAUCGCAAUCACCUACCCAGCUGAGUUCGCAAAGACCCGCACGCAACUCAAUCGCCGACUCGCGGCCGGCCAGAAAUUGCCAUGGCCACCCUUCGGCUCGCAGUGGUACGCGGGGUGCACCACUCUUAUCAUUGGCAACUCUCUGAAGGCCGGAAUUCGGUUUGUUGCAUUUGACGCUAUUAAGGCGGCCCUUCAGGAUGAGAAUGGCAAGAUCUCGGGGCCGAGAACGGUGGUGGCUGGAUUUGGUGCGGGCUUCACCGAGUCCCUUCUGGCGGUCACGCCUUUUGAGAGCAUCAAGACCCAGUUGAUUGACGACCGAAAAGCGGCAAAGCCACGCAUGCGUGGCUUCCUUCACGGGAGCCGCAUUAUCUGGCAAGAAAGAGGCAUUCGGGGCUUCUUCCAGGGCUUUGUGCCAACUACAGCGCGGCAAGCAGCCAACUCGGCGACACGAUUCACGGCCUAUACCACCUUGAAGCAAUUCGCAGAGGGCUAUGUGGCUCCGGGAGAGAAAUUGGGGACUAUGAGCACCUUUGCGAUUGGCGGCAUUGCCGGCAUCAUCACGGUUUACGUCACUCAACCUCUAGACACCGUCAAGACAAGAAUGCAAUCCAUCGAAGCUAGUAAGAAUUACAGGAACAGCUUCGUCUGUGCCACUAGCAUUUUCAAAAACGAAGGUUUCUUCACCCUUUGGUCUGGCGCUGUGCCUCGACUGGCUCGACUGAUCAUGAGCGGUGGAAUUGUGUUUACCAUGUAUGAAAAGUCCAUAGAGAUGAUGGAUAUCGUUGAUCCUCAGCGAAAGUAUAUUUAA